AUGCCUCCGAGCAAUUCAUUGCCGCCUAAAGAAAAUGCCCUUUUCAAACGAAUUUUGAGAUGCUAUGAACAUAAACAAUAUAAAAAUGGGUUAAAAUUCGCGAAACAAAUAUUGUCCAAUCCAAAAUUUGCUGAACAUGGAGAAACAUUAGCUAUGAAAGGAUUAACACUGAAUUGCCUUGGCCGCAAAGAAGAAGCUUAUGAUUACGUGCGUCGCGGUCUACGCAAUGACUUGAAGUCUCCAGUGUGCUGGCAUGUAUAUGGACUGCUGCAGCGAUCAGACAAAAAGUAUGAUGAGGCAAUUAAAUGUUACCGUAAUGCACUCAAGUGGGAAAAAGAAAACAUUCAAAUACUCCGUGAUCUCUCAUUGCUUCAAAUUCAGAUGAGAGAUUUGGAGGGAUAUAAAGACACUAGGUAUCAGUUGUUUAUGCUAAGACCCACACAGCGAGCAUCUUGGAUUGGUUUUGCUAUGAGUUAUCACCUCCUUGGUGAUUAUGAAAUGGCAAAUAGUAUCUUAGAUGCAUUCCGCACUAAUCAAAUGAAGGGACCAUAUGAUUAUGAGCAUUCAGAAUUAUUGCUGUAUCAGAAUAUGGUGCUAGCAGAAUCAGGGCAAUAUGAGAGAGCCUUACAACAUUUACAGAAGUUCCAGAGUCAAAUUCUUGAUAAGUUAUCUGUGAAAGAAACCUCUGGUGAAUAUUAUUUGAAACUCAAGAGGUUUAAAGAGGCUGAGGGGGUAUAUGAGGACUUAUUAAAAAGAAAUCCAGAGAAUGUAAUGUAUUAUCAUAAACUAAUUGAAGCCAAACAACUUAGUGAUGCUGAUGAAAAAGUGGCCUUCUUUGAUGUAUAUAAAAAGGAGUUCCCGAAAGCAAUUGCACCGCGGAGGUUGCAGUUGACGGAAGCACAAGCACAACCAGUGUUUGAACGACUUGUCGAUCAAUAUUUGAGACAGGGUCUGCACAAAGGGGUCCCUCCACUUUUUGUUGACUUAAGGUCUUUAUAUGCAGAUCAGAGCAAAGCAGAGACGAUAGAAAAACUAAUUUUACAAUACAUAGAGAAUUUAUCAAAGAGUUGUACAUUUAGUUCAGAGCCAGACGAAGGAAAACAGCCUGCUAGUGCACUAUUAUGGGCUUAUUAUUAUGCUGCCCAACAUUUUGAUUAUAAGAAAGAUACAGACAGAGCUCUGCAUUAUAUUGAUGCUGCAAUAGAACAUACACCGACGCUUAUAGAGUUAUUUAUUGUUAAGGGGAGAAUAUAUAAGCAUGCCGGAGAUCCGGUGUUAGCGUAUAAGUGGUUGGAAGAGGCGCAGUCAAUGGACACAGCGGAUCGCUACGUGAACAGCAAGUGCGCACGUUACAUGCUUCGAGCGGGACACGUGAAGCGCGCUGAGGAAAUGUGCGCCAAAUUUACUCGGGAAGGUGUUCCAGCGACUGAGAAUCUAAAUGAAAUGCAAUGCAUGUGGUUCCAAACAGAAGCUGCGGCCACGUAUCAACGGCUACAACAAUGGGGAGAAGCCCUAAAGAAGGCUCAUGAAGUGGAUAGACAUUUCUCAGAAAUAAUGGAAGACCAGUUCGACUUCCACUCGUACUGUAUGCGCAAGAUGACGCUGCGUUCAUAUGUGGGGCUUCUGCGUUUGGAGGAUGUUCUCCGCUCGCAUCCGUUCUACUUCCGAUGCGCACGUGUCGCCAUACAAGUGUACCUACGUUUAUACACGCAGCCGCUGCAGGAUAUACCACAGACGACUGAGCCCGAUACAGGUUAG